UAGAUGGAGAACUGUACAGAAGUGACACAAUUCAUUCUUCUAGGACUAACUGAUGCCCCAGAACUUCAGGUCUCACUCUUUAUAAUGUUCACUCUUGUCUACUUCUUUACUAUAUUUGGAAAUCUGGGUAUGAUUGUGUUGAUUCUGUCAGACGCUCAUUUCCACUCUCCCGUGUACUUUUUCCUCAGCAACCUGUCCCUGGUGGACUUUGGAUAUUCCUCAGCUGUCACUCCCAAAGUCAUAGCUGGGUUUCUAAAAGGAAGCAAGAUCAUCUUUUACAAUGCAUGUGCUGCUCAAAUUUUUUUUGUGGUUUUUUUUUUUGUAUCCUUUGCUAGGGUAGAAAGUUACCUUUUGGCAUCAAUGACCUAUGACUGCUAUGCAGCAGUAUGUAAACGCCUUCAUUACACAACCACCGUGACAACAAGCACAUGUGCUCAUCUGGCCAUAGGCUCCUAUGUUUGUGGUUUCUUGAAUUCUGCCUUCCACAUUGGGGACAUAUUCAGCCUCUCUUUCUCAAAAUCCAAUGUGAUUCAUCACUUUUUCUGUGAUGUUCCAGCAGUCAUGGUUCUCUCUUGCUCUAAUAAACACAUUAGUGAAGUGAUUCUGGUUUUUCUGUCAAUCUUUAAUGUCUUUUUUGCUCUUCUGGUUAUCUUGAUAACUUACCUGUUUAUAUUUAUCAUGAUCUUGAAAAUGCACUCAGCUCAGGGCCACCAAAAGGCUUUGUCCACCUGUGCUUCUCACCUCACUACAGUUUCCAUCUUCUAUGGUACCGUCAUCUUCAUGUACUUACAGCCCAGCUACAGUCACUCUAUGGACACAGACAAAAUGAUGUCCAUGUUCUGUGCUAUGGUCAUCCCCUUGCUGAACCCUGUGGUCUACAGCCUGUGGAACAAAGAGGUCAACAGUGCAUUCAAGAAGAUGAUUGAGAAGGCAAAGUUUUCUAUAAGAUUGGCAUUUUAA